UUGCUGCGUGAAACGGUGGGAGGUCCCAAACUUAAGAGAAGCCCCUUGUCAGAUUUGCAUCAAAGCUGACAGCCUGAGGUGCUCUGAGGCUUGACAGUCCCUCUUAUAGCCUAUGCCAAUUGAUGCUCUUUGCUGUGUAACAGCUUCAGGCAGGGGUUCCCUGAAAUUCAAAACAUUUUUGGCUUUAGUUUGAUUUUACUUAAAAAACAUUAGAACCCGAAACAAAAUUCAAACAAGACAAAACAAACAGCAACUAAAUCAGAAAGUGGAAUCAGAUUCUCCAGUCGGCUCUUUCCCCUGGUCAGACUGCCCGGACUACAACCGCGUGACUUUAUAACAUGCAAGGCACUGAUACCAGGGGGAGCUCCCCUGCAUUCCUCCGUCCUCAAAACGGGAGCAGUCACAGGUCUUCGGGGUACGUCCCAGGGAGAAUUGCCCCUCUCCGUCCCCCGCUGCCUUCGCAGAACCAUGCUGCAGCAGAAUUUACCUCGGCAAGACAGGAAGCACAGACAAGACUCCCAUCCUUAUCAGUGGAGCAGCACCGCCGACAGGCAGAAGCCAACAGACAUAAAAAUACUCUUAUUUGCUCUGCCAUUUCUAGCCUUUCACUUUUUGUUGCACUGGGGAUUUUUUUGGGAAUAGCUUCAAAAUAUGCUCCAGAUGAGAAUUGUCCUGAUCAGAAUCCUCGCCUUAAAAACUGGAACCCUGGAAAGGAUCCUGAAAAACGAGUUAUUAUCAAAAAAGGGGAUUUGUUUCGUCUGAACUCAGACGCUACAGUACACUCUAUAGUUAUACAGGAUGGAGGUUUACUUGUUUUUGGUGAUGAUAAGGAAGGUUCUAAAAAUAUUACCUUGAGAACUCGAUUUAUCCUGAUAAAGGAUGGUGGAAUGCUUCAUGUUGGAGCAGAGAAAUGCCGCUAUAAAUCCAAAGCAACUAUUAUUCUGUAUGGGAAGUCAAAUGAAGGUGCUGAUGUGCCAGAAUUUGGCAAAAAAUUUAUUGGCGUGGGCCCUGAAGGAACGCUGGAGUUGCACGGGCACCAGAAGGUAUCAUGGACUCUUCUGUCAAAGACUAUAUAUUUCUCAGGGCUGGCCUAUGGUCAUUAUACAUUUAAAAAGAAUUUUUCCCGAGGACUAAAUGUUAGAGUGAUCGAUCAGGAUACAGCAGAGGUUUUGGAAGUGCUGAAGUUUGAUACUCAUGAAUUUGCAGAGGAAAGCUUAAAGCUCCAGAACUUACUGAAAAAUGGGCAUCCUGGUCGCAUUAUUGCUAUUGCUGUAGGAGAUUCAGCUGCUAAAAAUCUUUUGGAGGAAACCAGAGUGACUAUUCAAAAUCUUCUGGGAAGUAGGUUUGUCAGAGGAUUAAGUUACAGGCAAGCCUGGGCUUUAGUUGGUGUCAUAGGUGGUGGAAAUUCUUCCUGUAAUGAAUCAGUGAGAAACUAUGAAAACCACAGCACUGGUGGGAAAGCUCUUGCUCAAAAAGAGUUUUUCACACUGGAUGGUCAGAAGUUUGUUGUGAGAGCUUACAGCGAAUGGAAUGAUGGUGUUCCAAUAUCAGGCUUCCAGGUGGAAGCAGUGGGUGGAGUAAUACUGAAUCUUCUAGAUGAUGUUAGUAGCUGGGAGCCAGGAGACAGGAUUGUGGUUGCAAGCACAGACUAUUCGAUGUAUCAGACUGAGGAAUUCACCCUCCUUCCCUGCACAGAGUGUACCAAGCAUCAGGUUAAAGUCAAAGUGCCACUUCCUCUUCUUCAAAGUGCUCUUCAUUCUCGGAAGUUCUCUGUCAACACCCUCAGAUUUCCCUGUCCACCUCUGCCUCAAGGCACUGCCAGUCUGUCUGUUCCUCUGGUGUUGAAAUUUGCUUCUCACACAUUUGUUAGCAUGGAAAACCCUCAGUUUCCUCAUGUAGGAGAACUAAUUGAUGGAGUAGACAUGAGAGCAGAAGUUGGAGUUCUUACAAGAAACAUCCUAAUAAAGGGGGAGACAGAAAAUACCUGCUAUCUUGAAAAGGAGUGUCAGUUCUUCAGUUACGAUACAUUUGGUGGACAUAUCAAGAUUCUGAAGAAUUUUACAUCUGUUCACCUUUCCUAUGUGGAAUUGAAGCAAAUGGGCCAGCAGCAGAUUGGAAGUUACCCUGUUCACUUUCACCUUUGUGGGGAUGUGGAUGAAAAAGGAGGAUAUACUUUUAAAACUUAUCUGGAAGGUCUUGCUAUUCAUCACUGUUUUUCCAGAUGUGUGACUGUUCAUGCAACUAAUGGUUUGCUGAUAAAGGACACCAUUGGCUAUGAUACCCUAGGUCACUGUUUCUUCAUAGAAGAUGGCAUUGAGCAGAGGAAUACUUUGUUCCACAACCUUGGGCUAGUCACAAAACCAGGCACUCUGCUACCAACAGACAGAAACAGUAGCAUGUGUAUUGGGAUUAGGGAUAAGGUAUAUGGAAGUUAUGUCCCAGUGCCAGCCACAGAUUGCAUGGCUGUUUCAACAUUCUGGAUUUCUCAUCCCAACAAUCAUCUUAUAAAUAAUGCAGCAGCAGGCUCACAGGAUGCUGGAAUAUGGUAUUUGUUCCACAGGGUUGCUACAGGAGAUUCUCACAGUCUAGCCAUCGAAACCAAAUCAGAGCUUACACCCCUAGGAAUCUUCUAUAACAACAGGGUUCAUUCUAAUUUUAAGGCUGGUUUGUUCAUUGAUAAGGGUGUUAAGACAACUAAUGCUAGUGCAGAUGAUCCCAGAGAAUAUCUUUGUUUGGACAACAAUGCAAGGUUUCGACCUCAUCAAGAUGCAGACCCUGAAAAGCCCCGAGUUGCUGCCCUGAUUGACAGACUAAUCUCUUUCAAAAACAAUGAUCAUGGAGCCUGGGUCAGGGGAGGAGAUAUCCUCAUUCAGAACUCUGGGUUUGCAGACAAUGGAAUAGGUUUGACAUUUGCUAGUGAUGGAAGCUUCCCAAAUGAUGAAGGUGCCAGCCAGGAGGUAUCAGAGUCGCUGUUCAUAGGUGAGAGCAAGAAUUAUGGGUUUCAAGGUGGACAAAAUAAAUAUGUGGGCACUGGAGGAAUAGACAACAAGACACGCACUCUGCCUAGAAAUCGGACAUUUCCAAUCAGAGGCUUUCAGAUUUAUGAUGGACCUAUUCACCUUACCAAGUGCACAUUUAAAAACUUUGUACCAACUCCAGACAGAUUUACCAGUGCAGUUGGAUUCUUGAUGAAAAAUCCAUGGCAGAUGACUCCAAAAAAUAACAUUUCUUUUGUGAAGUUUGGUCCAAACGUUUCUUUGAAAGCCUUCUUUGGGAAGCCUGGUCCCUGGUUUGAAGAAGGAGAUCUGGAUGGUGAUAAGAACUCAAUAUUUCAUGAUCUAGAUGGCUCAGUGACUGACUACAGGGAUACCUAUGUGGGCCGAAUGGAUAAUUACUUGAUUCAACACCCCAAAUGCAUUAACAUCACAGAAUGGAGUGGAGUGGUUUGCAGUGGGAACUAUGCACAGGUUUAUGUUCAAACCUGGAAUGGACAGAAUCUCUCCAUGACUAUUGUCCGAGAUGAGUAUCCAGCCAAUCCCAUGGUUCUUCGAGGUAUUAAUCAGAGAGCAGCUGCCUUUCAGCAGUACCAGCCAGUCGUGAUGCUCCAAAAGGGCUAUACAAUACACUGGAAUGGAAAAGCUCCAAAUGUCACCUAUCUGUAUCUCAUUAACUUCAGCAAGAAUGACUGGGUUCGUGUCGGUCUUUGUUACCAACAAAAGACAGAUUUUCUUAUAGUAUUGGAAACUUUUCAAAGGCGGUCAUCUGCCCUGUCAAGCAAGGUGGAACGCUACAUGCCUGUAUCUUCAAUGAUGGAGCUUGAAAAGAAUCGAUCAGACAAGAAGUUUUACUUUGACAACAGUACUGGAUUACUGUUUUUAUUUCUUCAAGCCAAAUAUAAUAGGGAUGGUCACAGUUAUUGCUCAUCUCAGGGAUGCGAAAGAAUCAAGAUUGUGACCAAAGAUUCAUCAAAAGGGAUAUGUAAUUGCAUGGCAAAAGCUUACCCAAAGUACUAUCAAGUACCAACCAUCAUAAAGCAGAUGCCAGGAAAAACUACUGUACCAUGUACAAAAUGUGGCACAACUCAGAUGGUAUUCACGAGUGACCCUCACAGAAACUACCUCCUUGUGCAGGUUAAUUCAUCUGAUGAAAAAGAGUCAAGCAAAGGUCAGCAAGCAUUUAUAUAUGUUAAUAACACCAUAUUUUCCUUCAAGGAUAAUGGAAUACUUAUUGUUGUUGUAGAUGCCUGCACUGGCACAGUUUUGGGAAACAAAUUAUUUUCUGGAGUAGACAUUAGGCGUGUAGAUGGAUAUUUAAAAUCUGGAAUUCCACAAAGGUCUAUAGUUCUCCUGAGCACAAGAGGUGAUGUAGCAAUUCCUAAUAAUUUAGCUGAAGCCUUAAUGUCCCUGGGGACAGCAAAACCACCUUAUCUUCAGAGCAACGGAAGCUUGGCCUUUCUGGGCUUCAGAGGAAACAUUAAGCCAUCCUGGAUUAAGCUGUUUACCAGUCCUGCUGGGCAUGGGCUCGUUCAGAUAGAAAAGUAUAUCCCUCUGCAACUGGAAGAGUAUGGCUGUGCCAGAGCAAUUAAAAGCCGUCAGAAAGACCUUGAGCUUCUGAAGAAGGCUGCACGAUCUCAUUAAAGACUAAGAUGUACAUAAAAUCUGGGGGAAAAAUGUGAACUAACUUAUUUUUAAUUUAUGGCAUUUUAAACUAUAUUGUUAUCCAAGUAAAUCAUGUUGUUGUCUGACAGAUGUUUGCCAGCAUUGACUGCUUGAAUGCCAAUCUGUGCACCUUCUAGUUGUACAAAAUAUUGAAGAAUUUAUUAGUAUUUGUAUAAACAGGUUUCAGAGAUUUUUCAGAUGUUUGUAUUUACUGUAAACAAGUUCCUUCUGUUUAAUACUCCUUUUGUAUGCAAGAGGGUAUUCAUAAAAGCCUUAAGUUUUUAGUAACAGGUGUUGGAGUACAUUUUGGGUUACUUGAAAGAUUAACAUAAAUGCCUUCAUAAACAGCUUGAACUGGUCAUUAUAACUUAAGCAUUUUUCCCUCAGCUCUUUAGGUGUUUCCAUGGCAGUUUAUCUGUCAGCUCAGUUACAUUCUGUCUGCUUUCCAAUGUGUUAAAACCCAGUUUCCUUUAUGCAUGUGGCUGACUCAAGGGAUUUUUAACUGCAGUAAAGAUUUUUGCUUUCCUGUAUGAAAGAUGGAGGGAGGAAUUCAAAGAUCCAGCCUGAGCCUGGGUGAGGAUUGUGUACCAUUCUGCAGUUUUACAAGGCUUUGUGUACAAGUGUGGCACACAGAGCAGGAAAUUACUCCUGUUCUUUAGGAUCACUGUUUAUUAUUCUCUCUAAAUACGAAGGUAUGUCUGUAAGAGUUACUUUAAUAAACAGUCUAGAAGUUAAGGCUGCAGUCUUGAGUACAGCUUGACUUUAGCUUAGUCUUUUAAAGCUUUUAGUAAGAAGGGCAAAGCUGAGAGAGAUACUGUUACUCUCAAUUUGUUAGGAAAUGAAGCUUCUACUCUUGCAGUGGUGGAUUUUUUUGUUUUGUUUUGAUUUUGUUAUUUUUUUGGUGUUUUGGGGGUUUGUUUUGUUGUCUGUUGGGUUGUUUUUGUUUGGUUGGUUUUUGGUGUUGGUUUUUCUUUAACUAUUUUUAAGGCUAUCUCAGCUUUAACUUCUAAGUGAAUGGAAAGUUCUCUCAGUUCAUUAAGUCAUACCUUCUACCUUAACUUUGAUUCUUCUAGUAUACUCAUGUUGUUAAUUCCUAUUGACUUUAUAUUAGGUCUGUUGAUUUAAUCUGGUAUUGUUGCAAUUAUUUGGCUCUGCCAGUAGUGUGAAAAUCAUUUAGAACAGUGGCACAGCUGUCCUUUUACAGGAUCCUCAUUUUUGAAAUUAAAUUUCAGUGACAGUAAAGAUGCAUUUCACAAUAGGCAGCAAUAGGUGCCAUAGGGCUAAAGUGUGACCCUAGUUCUGAUAAAAAUGACAUAUUUCCUUCUUCUUGUACAUGUUCUCACUCAUUCGAGUUGGUAUAAUGUAUCUACCAUUCAUAGAUGAUUUGUGCUUUGAAUUCAAAAUAGAGUGGCUGUUGGAAAUGAACUAUAUGCCUGUCUUCUCCAAAGAUGUUGAAAAACUGUGGGGAUUUUUUUUUUUUUUUUGUGCUUUAAAGGAGAAGAUGCACAAUAUCAAACAUAUUACUCUGUUCAAUUAAAAUAUGCUACCUCAGUGCUACAAUUAAACUGCCUGGUCUAGUGUAGUUUCCUAAGUGAGAAAGGAGGAGGUAAGGAGUAUGAUACAAGAGUUGAAGUUAACAAAUAGAUGACCAAUACUAUUUUUAUUGUAAAAGCAAGCCAAAUGGAUGAUUGUGUAUUUUGCAGUUCUCUUGUUAUGUUUAAAAGAGAAGUAAUUUUGUUAGGGGAAGCUGUGAUAAAUCUUUAUGACUAACUGUAAUGUUUGGUGUUAUUAAUGCAGGGCAGUCAUGUAAAUGCUCUGAGUGCAGUAGUGAUAGUGUUUGGGGAUUAAAAUGGCUUUAAGGCUUCCUCUAUUCUCUGCUCAGCAGAGAAGUAGUGAUGAGGUAGUGAUCCUCCGGCUUGUGAAGUUGGCCAUUAUUUAUGAUAUUCUGCUGUUCUAAGCGUCUUGUAAAAAUUGUCCUUGGAAGUGUCAAGGGUAUUCUGAUGUAGGCCUUACUGAUGAGCAAUUGGACCUGAAGUUAAAAGUGUUUGUCUUUUGUGUAAAUUAAAACACAUGACAAAUAGCAUAAAUAAAUUUUUAUGUCUGACAAGGCAAUAAAAUGAUGGAUGUCUUCUGUUCUUGUAUCAAGUAAUUUUAUAAUGUAUGCUGUGUCAACAAUACAAACUAUCUUAUUUCAACACCGA